AUGACGAAAGCGUUGGUGGCAUUGCAUCAUGACUUGUGUUGGGAGAAGGUGAUGAGGAGGAACGUCAAGGAGAACGAGUGGUUCGUUUGUGGGUUUGAUGAGGCUGCCGGUGCGCCGGAGCUGAGCAAGUACGUGAAUCAAGGGGCGGCGGGGCAUGGUGGGCACGUGCCGGAGAUGAAGAGAGGGUUGCAUGGGGUGAAGGCGAACAUGUGGAGCAGACCAGAGGCUUCUAUCCUGCUUUCUUCUGGCCUCAUCAGUGACCGUGACUUAAACACACCAAAUCCAAAAGCUGAAAAGCUUAUAAGAGGUCUUAACCUAUUUCCAAAAGAUCCAGUUAACAUAAGACUUGGUGACACUGUUGGUUUUGUCCCUGGAAAGAUCGUUGAGAAGAAGUUUUCGUUUAUUGGUGCUUCUGGACCUUCUGUUGAAGACCUUGGUCACCAUGCAGGGUAUUAUUCGCUUCCUCGUUCUAAAGCAGCAAGGAUGUUCUACUUUUUCUUUGAAUCCCGGAACAACACGAAUGACCCUGUUGUCAUAUGGUUAAGUGGAGGUCCAGGGUGUAGCAGUGAAUUAGCUUUGUUUUACGAGAAUGGUCCUUUCAAGAUUGCCAAUAACUUGUCUCUGAUAUGGAAUGAUUACGGCUGGGAUAAGGUAUCAAAUAUUAUAUUUGUUGACCAACCAAUUGGGACAGGUUUCAGCUACAGUUCCGAUUAUGCAGAUAUUCCCCAUGAUGAAGUGGGUGUUAGCAAUGAUUUGUUUGACUUCUUGCAGGCAUUUUUCAAGCAGUACCCCAAGUUUGCUAAGAAUGAUUUUUACAUUACUGGAGAAUCAUACGCUGGACACUAUAUUCCAGCUCUUGCAUCCCGGGUUCACCAAGCAAAUAAAGAAAAACAAGGAAUUUAUAUAAACCUCAAGGGCUUUGCUAUUGGUAAUGGGUUAACAAAUCCUGGAAUUCAGUACCAAGCAUACACAGACUUUGCAUUAGACACGGGAUUAAUUUCAAAGGCCGAUUAUGAAAAUAUCACAAAGUUAAUCCCAGGGUGUGAGAAUGCCACAACAACAUGCAACAUCGAAGGUGGAGAAACUUGCUUGACUGCAUUCAAUGUUUGCGAAAACAUAUAUGAUGAUAUUUUGACUAUUGCUGGCAACAUUAAUAUCUAUGACAUCAGAAAGAAAUGCGUGGGAGAAUUGUGUUAUAACUUGACAAGCGUAGAGACACUUUUAAACCAGAAAAGUGUGAGGGAUGCUUUAGGUGUGGGGGACUUGCAGUUUGUAUCAUGCAGUACAACAGUGUAUAAUGCUAUGUUGCAAGACAUUAUGAAAAACCUUGAAGUGGGAAUCCCUGCACUUCUUGAGGACGGAAUCAGAAUGCUUGCGUAUGCUGGGGAAUAUGAUUUCAUAUGCAAUUGGCUUGGGAAUUCAAGAUUGGUUUAUGCCAUGGAAUGGUCAGGUCAAAAGAAGUUUGGGGCAUCACGUACAGUGCAAUUUAGUGUUGAUGGUGCGAAAGCAGGGAGUCUGAAUAGUUACGGACCUCUCUCUUUCCUCAAGGUAUUUGGGGCUGGGCACAUACUCCCUAUGGAUCAACCAAAAGUUGCACUUCAGAUGGUGAAAAGCUGGAUGGAUGGGAAAUUGACCGGGGCAAUGAAAUGA